AUGGAGGUGGCUCUGGUGAGUGCGGCGACGGGUGCCUUGAAGCCCGUCCUUGGGAAGCUGGCCACCCUUUUGGGUGACGAGUACAAGCGUUUCAAGGGCGUGCACGGUGAUAUCAAAUCGCUCUCUAAUGAACUCGCCGCCAUGGAGGCGUUUCUUCUGAAUAUGUCGGAGGAGGAGGAUCCUGAUGUUCAGGAUAAGGUGUGGAUGAAUGAGGUCCGAGAGCUCUCCUAUGACAUGGAGGACUCCAUCGAUGACUUCAUGCAGAGUGUCGGCAACGAAGAUACAAAGCCAGAUGGAGUUUGGGAGAAGAUGAAGACCUCGUUUGGGAAGUUGGGGAAGAUGAAGGCUCGUCGUCGCAUCGGCAAUGAGAUCCAUGAUCUAAAGAAACAAAUCAUAGAGGUGGCCGAGAGGAAUGAAAGGUACAAGGCCCGUGAGGUCUUCUCCAAGGCCAAAAAUACAACCAUUGAUCCUAGAGCUCUUGCUAUCUUCAAGCACACCUCUGAGCUUGUUGGAAUUGAUGAACCCAAGGCCGAGAUAAUUAAAUUGUUGACCCAAGGUGCAUCAACACAAGAGAAAAUGAACUUGGUAUCCAUUGUUGGAUCUGGAGGAAUGGGAAAGACAACUCUUGCAAACCAAGUGUAUCAAGAUCUCAAAGGAAAAUUUAAAUGUCGAGCCUUCUUAUCCAUUUCAAGGAAUCCAGACAUGAUGAAUAUCCUAAGGACUAUUCUUAGUGAAGUUAGUGGCCAACGCUACGCUGACACCGAAGCAGGAAGUAUACAACAACUCAUCAUUAAGAUCACUGAUUUCCUAGUAGACAAAAGGUAUUUUGUUGUUCUUGACGAUAUAUGGGACGUGGAUACAUGGCAUGUUCUUAAGCUUGCACUUCCCGUGGCUAGUUCUGGCAGUAUCAUAAUCACCACUACUCGUAUAAAUGAUGUUGCUAAAUCAUGUUGUUCAACACCAUUUAGUGGAGUUAUUUAUUGCAUAAGGCCUCUUGAUAUGGUGGACUCUAGGCAAUUAUUUUACACAAGAUUAUUCAACUCCGAAGAAAAAUGCCCAUCAUACCUUAAAAAAGUUUCUGAACAUAUUUUGAAAAAAUGUGCGGGGUUGCCUCUGGCAAUCAUUGCUAUAUCUGGUUUGUUAGCUAAUACUGAAAGGACAGAGGGUCCAUGGAAACAAGUUGAAGAUUCGAUUGGUCGAGCACUUGAAAGAAAUCCCAGUGUUGAAGGAAUGAUGAAGAUAUUGUCACUUAGUUACUUUGAACUGCCUGCUCAUCUAAAAUCUUGUCUCUUAUGUUUGAGUAUAUUCCCUGAAGAUUCUAUUAUUAAGAAGAAGGUUUUGAUACAUAGGUGGAUUGCUGAAAGAAUAAUUCAUACAGAAGCCGGAUAUAGUACAACACAUGAGCUUGGUGAAAGGUGUUUUAAUGAGCUUAUCAAUAGGAGUUUGAUCCAACCCGCGAUGACAGACAAAUUUGAUAGGGUCAAAAGUUGUCGACUUCAUGACACAAUUCUUGAUUUCAUCAUAUCCAAAUCCAUCGAAGAAAACUUUGUUACUUUGGUAGGUGUUCUUAGUUUAACUGUUGGUACACAAGGCAAAGUUCGUCGGCUGUCCCUACAAGCCGGCAAGCAAAAAGAAUUGAUAGUGCCAGAAGGCUGGGUGUUGUCUCAUGUCCGAUCACUUGAUGUGUUUGGAGAAUCUGUGAAAAUCCCUUCUAUUGAUAAGUUCAGGCAUUUGCGUUUUCUGGACUUUGAAUAUUGCGACCAACUGGAGAACCAUCAUCUUGAAAAUAUAGGGAUGUUGUUUCAGCUGAGGUACCUGAGCCUCCUAGGGGCAAAGAAAGUAAACAAGCUUCCAGAACAAAUCGGGCUCCUAUUGUGCUUACAGAUACUGAAUUUAAGAUUCACCUCUGUUUGUGAGUUACCAGCAUCUAUUGUCAAUCUCAAGAGACUGGUGCACCUAUUGGUAACCCAGAAUGUUACACUUCCUUGUGGAAUUUCUAAGCUACAAGCACUAGAGAAAUUGAGGCUUUUCAGUGUCUAUAGCCAGUCAUUUAACUUCCUGCGAGAAUUUGAGCAGCUGCAGAGUCUGAAGGUAUUGGCCCUUGAUUUUGAGGAUUAUAAUUGUGCUAACCGAGUGAACGUUGAAAAUGUGUCCAAGAAAGCUAUUAUUGUCGCUUCCCUUAAAAACCUAGGGAACCUUCUCUCUCUAACUGUUUGGGACGGUCCUGAAUUUGUAAGGCAAUCUUUGUGCCCUAUGCCACUUAGCCUCCAGAAGCUGGAAGUCUUGCGUUCUAGUGUUCUUCAUGUUCCAAAUUGGGUGGGCUCCCUUGUCAACCUUCAGGAGUUACGCCUUGAUCUGGUCGGAGUUGAGCAGAAAGAUUUCUAUAUCCUUGGAGGCUUACCUGUUCUGCGUUGUCUGACUCUGAAAAUUGAUGUCCGUGAAAUUAGAAAUACCUCAUUAACAGAAGAGCCUGAAGUUAAAAGGGUCAUAGUCUGUGGUGAAGUUGGAUUCCCAUGCUUGAGGAUAUUUAAUUAUGAUAGUCAGCAUGCUGUGAUGAAUUUGACCUUUGCGGCUGGAGCCAUGCCCAAGGUAGAUGACCUCCAGAUAGAAUUUGACCCAGAAGAAACUGAGUUUCUCGGUACCAGCGGUGAUUUUGAUCUCGGAAUAGAAAACCUCCCCAGCCUCCUCAAAAUCAGAUGUGUAGUACACGGAUAUGUGGAUAGCAGCAGAGUUGAGACUGCCAUUCGGGAAGCAGCCAACGCACAUCCGAACCGCCCUACUCUAGACUUGGUCUCAAUUAGGCUGCAACUCCAAAGGUUCAUAAUCACUGGAUUUCUGAGAUCGAAACAUUCAUCAUUCACUGGAUUCAACUCCCUGCUGGGCCGAGAGCAGAAGAUGUCGUCGAUGCUGUCGUGUCGUGGGAGAACACCUAGCACAAGGGAGCACUUGACGUGA